CUGCCUCGGCCCUGAAGGGGCUGGAUGGGCGGCGAGUCGGGCGCGAUGGCUCGAGCCUGGGCGGCGGCGGCGGCAGCGGCUGGAGGCGGCGGCGCGUCCUCCUCCUCGCCCCGGCGGUGAUCGGAGCGAGCGGCCGCAGGCCCCCGAUGAGACUGCUCGCGGGCUGGCUGUGCCUGAGCCUGGCGUCCGUGUGGCUGGCGCGGAGAAUGUGGCCCCUGCGGAGCCCGCUCACCCGCUCCCUGUACGUGAACAUGACGAGCGGCCCGGGUGGGCCGGCGGCGGCCGCGGGCGGCAGGAAGGAGAACCACCAGUGGUAUGUGUGCAACAGAGAGAAAUUAUGCGAGUCACUCCAGGCUGUCUUUGUUCAGAGUUACCUUGAUCAAGGAACACAGAUCUUCUUAAACAACAGCAUUGAGAAAUCGGGCUGGCUAUUUAUCCAAUUAUAUCACUCUUUUGUGUCAUCUGUUUUUAGCCUGUUUAUGUCUAGAACAUCUAUCAAUGGGUUGCUAGGAAGAGGCUCAAUGUUUGUGUUUUCACCAGAUCAGUUUCAGAGACUGCUUAAAAUUAAUCCAGACUGGAAAACCCAUAGACUUCUUGAUUUAGGUGCUGGAGAUGGAGAAGUCACAAAAAUCAUGAGCCCUCAUUUUGAAGAAAUUUAUGCCACUGAGCUGUCUGAAACUAUGAUAUGGCAGCUGCAGAAGAAGAAAUACAGAGUGCUUGGUAUAAAUGAAUGGCAGAAGACAGGAUUCCAGUAUGAUGUCAUCAGCUGCUUAAAUUUGCUGGACCGCUGUGAUCAGCCUCUGACUUUGUUAAAAGAUAUCAGAAGUGUCUUGGAGCCAACCAGAGGCAGGGUCAUCCUUGCUCUGGUCUUACCUUUUCAUCCCUAUGUGGAGAACGUAGGUGGCAAGUGGGAUAAACCAUCGGAAAUUUUGGAAAUCAAGGGACAGAAUUGGGAAGAACAAGUGAAUAGUCUGCCUGAAGUUUUCAGAAAAGCUGGUUUUGUUAUCGAAGCUUUCACCAGACUGCCAUACCUGUGUGAAGGCGACAUGUAUAAUGACUACUACGUUCUGGAUGAUGCUGUCUUUGUUCUCAAACCCGUAUAAACAUGUGGAUGUUGAAGUCUUCAGAGUCCACCCCAAGAAUGUACACUCCGGAAGAGGGUCUGCGAGUUCAGUUAUAUGAAGGGAGGACCUUUGGGGACUGCCAUUCUAAAUAUCAUGUAGGAAUUUUAAAAGCCAAAAUACUAAUUAUUGCUUUGUAGUGUGUAAAAGGAAUGUUUUUUAAAAAACAAAAAAACCAACUCUUUGAGGAUUUUUAUCAACUGUUUACUCAAUAAUGCAGGUCACACUCCAAUUAUGGAAGAUAUUUUUUAUACUUAAUUGCAGUAGGGCCUCAUUCCCAAAGCAAUAGUCAUGACUUCACAGGGAACCAGUAAAUGGGGGUUGUUUGUAAUGAAAUGAAGACUGGGCCAUAAAGCUGUCUUUCCAGUUGCAAAUAUUGGUUAUAAAGUAUAGCCACUGAUCCUCUUUCAUGUUUAGAAAUUCUGUCAUUAUUCCAGAAAAUGUUUUUAAUCAUGCUAAUAAACUUUUUUUGGAGGUGACUUUGGCAUCAUGUUGGAGUUACUAUAAGGCUUCCCAAGCAUCUUUAAUUGCUUUGCUUCAGGGGUGCCCAAGUAGUAGCAUAUAUGAAAGAAAGAUGAAGUAGACUAGAAUAUAUGGUAAAGGAAGGCUUUAGACUGGGGUGGGGUGAUUAUUGCAAAUUGUGGUGAACACAGGCAACCCAGACUAACUCUCAUAGAACCACCUCGUUCAGAUGUACUUCAGGGACUACCCUCACUCCCCAACUCAUACAUAUAUAUAUAUAUAUAUAUAUUUUUUUUUUUUUUUUGGAAAUACAGAGCAGUGGGUUCUGACUUUGUGGUAACUUGUAUCCUACACUCAGAAUUUUGCUUUUCUGGACAAUCUCAGGUUCUCAGAACUAGAACAUUCGGUUUUGUCUGCUGACAAGAACACAACCUAAAAUUGUUUUAAUUCCGCUUCUUAACCCUGUCCUUGUAUACCUCUUUCAUAGAACUUGGCUCUUCUCGAAAUCCUUAACUGAGUUUAUAGUUUGCCAGGAGUAUGGUUUAAGAAAACCAUAUCAGACUCAUGCAUUCUAGAAUCCGUGAGUGCUUCCAACCAUAUAUCCAGAAAUGUUGCAACGAGGAGCUCAUUACCAAGAUCGAUAACCAUUGUGGAUGUUCCAAAGAGCAGAGCACUUAACCCAGAAUCUAAAAUAUCAGUAAUCAUAGAGGUGCCAAUUUGAGAUCAUGCCUAUUAACAAUGUUAUUCUCACAACUUGCUUUUGUCAGCCAGGUGUUUCAUUAAAUAUUCUCAUCUAUAUGCUCAUAGAAGUCAUCAAAUCACAUUUACUACAGCACCUGGGUAUAAAGGAGAAUUAAAGCCUUGAGAAGAAUGACUUUAUUAUUCAUUAAGAACAGCAUUCCCACGUCCUCACACCAGUAUCUUCCACCGUUAUUGUGUAGUCAUAAGAGUUGGGUUAUGUGAUUUAUGCAAAAGCGUUAUUGGUGCGUUCUAAUGCUUUUUUCCCCCCCAGGAAUUCAAAUAAGUGAAGUGCAAAUACUUAGCACCUUAGAUUGUAAAAAUAGAGGAAAUGAGUAAACUUAAUGUAGUUCUUGUACAGUUGAGUUUUGCUUCUUUAUAAAUUGUCAUCAUCAGGGGUUGCUGUUUAGACUGCUGAACCAGAGUGCAAGAGUGACAGAUGCUCAAAGAGGCAGGUUGCUCCAAAGUGUUUCAUUAACUUUGAAAUUGAGAAUUAAUUUGGUAGUCUAUUUGGGAAAAAAAAGAAACAAACCUCCGUCUUCCCCCCCAAAUCAGAAAGCACAUACAUUUGUGCAUUUUAAAGAAAAUACUUUCUCAAAAUCUGAGGUUCUCUGAAAAUCAUCUUCUCAAAAGUGCCGUUUUUUUGGUGAAAAUUUAAACUGACAAAUCCACUCACAUUUCAUGCCUGGUCUUGAAAGUCUUGGUGGUAUAUCAUCAUUCCACUAGAUGGCAGUGUUGCUUACUGUCAGUGACUGUUUAUUUCCUCUUAAAUGGAAUCAUGUUUUUUCUUUUUUCUCCCCAAAGUAUUGAUACAAUAAACUGCCUUCUUGUCUGCACCA